UUGCGUAACGUCUCUUUUGCUCUCCGUCGUGUCACGGCGCACUUCCACGCCUUCUCGUCCUCGUGAAGGUGUUCAAACGUCAGCGAGACGAUGACAAAGUCAAAGUCGAGACUUUGUCAAACCCCCUCCCUCGAGACGUCUCAGUCCGGGGAGUAGUUGAAGCGAGGUUUGGUGAGGACACGCCCACUCUGGCAGGAGAAGCGAGAAUGCCUUUUUAAUGGGCUGCAGAUGCGUCGUGCUGGCUGCCGGCGUUUGUCCCAAAACAAGCAGCGCCCGCCACAUUGUCAUCACCGAAAUUGUGUCCGCCGAUGAAAAGCAGCAUCAAGUAUAUCACUUCGGGACACGUCAACUUCUCUCAUCUUGUAUUUGUUGAGCCGGUCCGCGUUCCAAGAUGCCAAGCGCCGAUGAAGCACAAUGCCGCCGCCUGCCGGUCGUUUGUGAGCAUCGCAGCGUGCAGCUCUCACGAGAUCGUCGCAAUCGUGAGGAACCGAGCAGGAAGUGGACCAUGGCGUCGGUGUUCGGUGGAGUCGAAGGCGGGGGGACCCACUCCAUGGCCGUGCUGGUGGCAGAAGAUGGCAGAAUCCUUGCAGAGACCGAGGGGCCCUCCACCAACCACUGGUUGGUGGGCGUGGACAAAUGUCUCGAAACCAUCAAUGAAAUGGUCCAGAGAGCCAAGACGGAGGCGGGACUGGAUCCGAAUACGCCGCUCCGCUCUCUGGGCAUGUCUCUGAGCGGGGGCGAGCAGAAGGAUGCCGUCGACCAACUGAUCGUUCACAUGCAAGAGCUGUUUCCCAAUCUGAGCCAAAAUUAUGUCAUCACCACUGACGCCAUCGGUGCUAUGGCCACCGCGAGUGAUCGCGGAGGCGUCGUCUUGAUAUCGGGGACGGGCUCCAACUGCAAAUUAGUUCAUCCGGACGGGUCCCAGAUUGGCUGCGGCGGCUGGGGUCACAUGAUGGGCGACGAAGGAUCCGCUUUCUGGAUCGCCCAUUUGGCUGUAAAGACGGUGUUUGACGCCAGAGACAAUCUGGCUCCACCUCCUCAUGAUGUUACGCACGUGAGAGAAGCAAUGGAGCAGUAUUUUAAGGUGUCCGAUCUAAUGGGCAUGCUGCCGCACCUGUACAGAAACUUCCAGAAGUCCCACUUUGCCGGUUUCUGUCAGAAGCUGGCUGAAGGCGCCGAGGCCGGCGAUGCUCUGUGUCGAUACGUGUUCGCUGAGGCUGGGAGAGUCCUCGCCAGGCACGUGCGCGCCAUCCUUCCCGCGGCACAGGCUCAACUGGGCGCCGACCUCGGCCUGCCCAUCCUGUGCGUGGGCUCGGUGUGGAAAAGCUGGGAGCUUCUGAAACCUAGCUUCGUCGAGGUCCUGGAUAAGGCGGCGGCGUCCGACGAGUUCAAGGGCCGCUUCCGUGGCUACAGUCUCCUGAUGUUGAAGCGGUCGUCAGCGCUCGGAGGCGCCAGUCUCGGAGCUCGGAGUUCGGGUGCCGUCUUAAGGAUGGACUACGCGGCCAAUGUCAAUGUCUUCUACCGCCACUCCUGCAAGCAAUAGCACAUUUGUAUAUGACAUAUGAUCCUCGGGUGCCAUGUACGGGAUUGUGACGUCAAUUCAUCCCAAUUCCACGAAUUUGAGCGCUAUAUUCGUAUUGUCCGUGAUUGAGCGAUGCCGCUUGCUCGUGACAGGCGGCCAUUCGGGAUGUUGCGUGUACAUGCAAGGUGCUAAAUACAAAUACUUUGAAGAGUGAA